CUUGUAAAUGCAUUGCAUUAUAAAUGUGCUGAAGGUUUCGGAAGCUACAUUGCGCUGAGGUGAAAUUCAAGGAGUACUUGCAGGUUGUCAGGUCGCGUACAAAGAUGCAUCAUACAGCACUCUGUUUGUUUUCUCUUUUAUGUGUAUUAUCUGGAACAUAUGGUGGUAAAGUGCUGGUAUUUCCACUAGAUGGAAGUCACUGGGUGAACAUGAAGGUCCUUAUUGAGGAACUGCAUAGGAAAGGUCACAAUGUGACAGUGGUAAGACCUUCCAACAGUUGGUAUAUCAAAGAGGAGUCUCCUUUCUACAGUUCUAUCACAAUUCCAAACACAGGAGGAUUUGAUGAGGAGUUUACUGGUUUAUUGAUCAACCGUCUCUUGGAAAUUAAAAGAGGAGGGUAUUUUGUUCUGAACAGUGUUCGUCUGGAGUUUGAAAUCAUGAUGAAGUUUAAAACCAUGCAUGAAGAAAUGUUGCAGAUGAUGGACAGAAUGUUAGAAGAUGAAAAAAUUAUGAACUCCAUCGAAGAUGCUAAAUUUGACGUGGUGCUAGCAGACCCAGCUGUUGGUGGUGGUCCAAUCCUAGCUUACAAGUUUAAUAUUCCUCUAGUUUUCAAUGUUCGGUGGACAAUUCAUGGAGAGGGACAUUUCGCUAUUGCUCCUUCUCCUCUGUCUUAUAUCCCUGUUCCAGGAGUAGAGCUUACAGACAAGAUGUCCUUCCUACAACGUGUCAAGAAUGUUUUGACAUACUUUAUCAGCCAGAUCCAAAUGGAAAUUAUGGUUCAACCCAUCUAUGCACCUUUCUGUCACAAACAUUUUGGCCCCAAUGUUACAUAUUUCUCACUUUUCCAGGAUGCAGAUAUUUGGCUCAUGAGGAAUGACUUUACCUUUGAGUUUCCACGACCUACAAUGCCCAAUAUUGUCUAUAUGAGUGGUUUCCAGUGUACACCUGCCAAGCCGCUUCCAAAUGAUCUUGAAAAGUUUGUUGAAAGCUCUGGAGAGCAUGGAGUCAUUGUCAUGUCUUUAGGCACUCUUAUUGCUCAACUUCCACAAGAUAUCACUGAUGACAUAGCAGCGGCUUUUGCAGAGCUUCCUCAAAAAGUGAUCUGGAGGUAUACAGGACCACGACCUGUGACUCUUGGUAACAACACCUUACUUGUAGAAUGGCUCCCCCAGAAUGACCUGCUCGGACAUCCUCAGAUUAAAGUAUUUGUGGCACAUGGAGGAACCAAUGGACUUCAGGAAGCCAUCUACCAUGGAGUGCCCAUCUUGGGUCUACCUUUAGUUUUCGAUCAGCCUGAUAAUCUCUUCAGAAUGGAAGCAAAAGGGACAGCAAAAAUUGUAGACAUUGCAACUUUGGACAAGACUGUCUUUCUGGAAGCAUUAAAGGAGGUUUUGUAUAAUCCGUCUUACAAAGAGAACAUGCAGCACCUGUCCAAGCUGCACCACGACCAGCCAAUGAAACCUCUUGAUCGUGCCAUCUUCUGGAUUGAGUUUGUCAUGAGGAAUAAAGGAGCUCCUCAUUUACGGACACAGUCUUUCAGAAUGUCCUGGAUUGAGUAUCAGUCCAUAGAUGUUAUUUUGACAUUAAUGGUGAUGGCUUUUGUAUUUGCAUUGGUGACUGCAUAUGCAAUGAAAUAUUUUUGCCUUUGUGUAUUCAGAAAGAAAGUAAAGCGUGAGUGACAUAUUGGCUGAAUAUCUGUUUAUUUGAAAUUUUCGAAUUUAAGAAGCAUUAUUUUAAUCCAGUGCAUAAAACUGAAAUGAUCAUUCAGAACAAAUACACAAUUGUCCCUGAAAUGAUGGUUCAGCAUCAGACAUUCAACAAGCAAUACUGAACAGAUUACAGAUUACAACUAGCUUCUGCAUUGUGUGAAUGCUGUGAAAGUCAAAGAUUAAGAUUAAGACAGUGUAAUGUAUCCUUAUUCUUGAACUUAGUAACAAGGUUUAGGAAGCAGCGUAUUACUAAACAACUGAAAUAUAGACUAAUGCCUAGUAUUUUAGGAAAUUCAUGGUGAUUUUUUUUCUGUAGCAUAUUAAUUCAGAUUAUAUACUUCCCUAAUGAAUGUAAAAUUGCAUAAAAAAUGCUUAAGGGAAAUGCCAGGAUGUGCAUACAUUUUAAAAAUGUGCAUUAAAAAAUACUUGUAGGCUAAACUAUGAUGAUAACACAUUUACCUAAUAAAUUCCAGCAAGUUUUGAUUUUGUAAUAACAGAUCAUGUGAUAUCAAAAAUAGGUGAGGUCAGAAGGCAUUGAUAUACAAACUACAGCGAAACGACCAAAUUGUAAAACAUCUAAAAUGUUGUUUUGGUCAUUCUAAACCCUACACCCUUAGCCAAAGUCUAUCAUUAAAUUGAAAUUGGAUUGGUAAUACCUCCCAGAACUGUCUUGAAUGUCUCCAAAAGCCAGUUAUGACUGCAUUCACUGAGUUUGAUUUACUGUAUGUCUUCUGAAAUGCAAGUAAUUUAUUAUAUAUGAAAAAAGGCCUACAGUUGAUUCUCCUAAUGCAGCAAAUUUCAUUUUGUCUUUUUGCCCCCAGUUUAUCAUGAAGUAACGAUUUUGCUCUCUUUGAUUCAUUGUUUGGUAGUAGUGGUUAAUAUGCAAAUGUUUUAUGUGAUGUUCCAGGUUUGUGAAUAAAUCUAAUCCACAUCUUUGGAUGGAAACUU